ACGUCAACGAAAAAGGCGCCUGGGAACCAAACAUCAACAGAAAAAGUAGCCGAGCCCCAAAAGUGAGAACAGAUUCAGUCAAACUGUAUCGCAGAAACACACACACACAUACGCUAAAUACCAACAAACGCGGUGGCGCCAAGUUUAAAUUUCGUUUUGAAAGUUGUGCAAAUUUGUAUUUGAAAAUUGUUUAGUUAUUCGUAGGAGAGUUUCGUUUAUUCUACACACCACAACAGACGAUGGUUAAUCGCACCAAGGCGUCGCGGUCUCUGGGCGAAGGUGAUGCGAAGGAAAAGGACCAAGAUCAGGUCUACUGCGUGGUGCUGCACGUUGUGGAGGCCAUCAACUUUAUUGGACGCGAUGGCGAACGGGAAACUAUCGUGAUGAAUGCCGCCCUCAAUACGGUGGACUUUGAGGUGGAGGGCACACCCUCGGCGACGGCAGAGACGAUAAUCUUCAACAGCAACUGCAUCUGGGAGUGCGACAUGGCGGGCAUCAAGCGCAUCAAGACGGACCAUCGACCCGUCAAGCUCACCUUCUUCGCCUGCAGCAAGCACCUGCAGCGCAAGCCCAUUGGCACCGUUCUGCUGCCCGUGCGUGGCCUGCCCGUCCUGACCUCGACCAGCAACACCACCCCGCUGCAGCUGAAGAUGUUCUGGCACAAGCUGAUCUGCAUCAGUCCCGAGUUUCGCUCCCACAAGCCCGAAGUGCUGCUCAUGCUGGCCAUCAUCAAGAAGUCCAUACUGCACAACAAGGACUUCGAGCAUCUGCUGCAGGUUUCACAUAUCAAGCAGCCACCAACGCCGCCACUUAAGUCGCCCGGUCACUCGAUCACUGCCAGCAUGCUGCAGUCACAGGCCAAUGUAUAUGUGCAAUCACUUGUGCAACUGGGUCUGCUGCAGGUGGGCAAUGAUCCGCUGAUCGAUUGCGACAUCAUUGAGGUGGUGCUGCAGUUCAAGAAGCUCAAAAACUUGGCCAAGCUGGUCAAGUCGCUCAGCAACGGCAAGGAGCCAGCCAAAUCCAUUACGCUGGUGUUCGAUUUCGUUGGCAAUGUGACCAACAUUGAGCUGAAGACCAACGAUUCGGAUGCCUACAUGCUGACCGAUGUGCUGGGACUCCGCUUCAAGUCCUCCCUUCACAGCAUGCGUCUUUAUUUCCAGCGCAUAUUCUAUUUACCCAUAAAUAUGUACGUGAAUGGCACGGCCAUUGCCAACUACCGCAUGGACUUUGGCAAGCUGCUGCCGGCGGACAGUUACUUUGCCGAGAAUCGGAAAUUUGUGCGCAACGGCUGCCUGACCUUCAACCGCUUUGGGCGCAUGGACAGCUCCCGGGACAUCAAGCCGCAGAUGGAGUACUCGUUUAGUGUGGAACUCAAGGCCAUUUACUCACGGCCAACCAACGCUCUGGAGGAGUCGGAACAGUAUCGGCCGGCAGCGCCUUUUGUUUUUACAAAAGAACAGCAGCCCAGUGACUCCAAGGAUCCGACGCCUGACAAUGGCAGCCUCAAUGUGGCUGCCACGGAAGAGGUCCUGGAUGUACGAGCGAAUGCAGAAGGCGAUCCUGUGUGCGUGGGCAAGGACUUUCGGAGGCGAAAGAAGUCCACCAGCCUGACCUGCCAGCCUGAAUGCGGCCAGGACAGCGAGGAGGGCUUGGUCAGAAAGUUGUCCUCAACAAUCGCGCGAAAACCGAUUGAAUCGAAUGAUAAGCCAAAGAGGAUUAGCAACUCCCUGUUCCAAUAUUCCAAUGAUUGCAAUGCGCCUGCUGCUGCUGCUGAAUGUCUAGCCAUAUACAGCAAUCAAAAAUUCGAUUAUGACGUAUCAAAAGACGAAAGCAGCGAAGGGCCCAAGGAAGAGCUCAUGGUGGAUGGAAAGGAAAAGGUAGAAGCUUCGCCAAAUAAUGUGGAAAGAAUCGAGAGCCAACAAGUGCCAGCCAAAAGACCCAAAAUGAAGUCAGAGGCGGACAAAAAUCCCAGCAGGGCAGCUGAAACGGAGGUCUCUAUGGAGCAGUUGACCAAGCUGUUGGGGCAGGAGGUGGAGAAGCUUACGAAGAGCGUUGAGAUUAUCGAGAACAGAAGCCAGCAAAGCCAGCAUAGAAAAUCCAGAAAGAUGGAAAUAGAUCUGGACGAGGAUCCCUUCGAAAGCGAUUCAACUCUAUGCUCCAUUCGCAGAAAACAUCUGAGGAAGUCCUCGAAAACGGAACAGAGAUCUGCCACGUCCAUAAACCUAUCACACACCAAAGAAACAAAAGAGCGAAUACGACACUCCUCGGGACAGAAACGAGUCGUGGAGGAAAGUCGUGUGGAUGAAACGGACGCUAGCAUGGAGUCUGCUUGGCCCGAGGAUUAUCCAGCCCCGAGGGAGAAUCUAAAAAGGACAUACAAAGUCAAAGUGAAGCACAGCGACAUAGAUAUAAAUAGCCUGACGGAGUGUGAGGUGUUCAAAGUUCAGCGUGGUAAGCGCAAAUCGAAAUCCGAGAUGCGGCUGCCCAAGCAGCCAGAGUCCAGCACAGAGCAAGUCUCCGGAAAGCCAACCAAGGCUAAAAGAAAGGGUAAAAUGUCCAUGACUGAGCUCAGCCUGCGGGCACGUUGGGUCGAGGUGAACAAGGUACAGGCGCAGGCCCUGAAUGAAACGGAAAAGUUUCUGGAACAGACAUGCCAGUCCGAGUUGCGUGAGGAGCAACAGACUUUGGAGCAGCCAAAGUUGGUCGAAUCCAAAAAGAAUAUCACAAAAGUGAGGUCGAGUAAGGUGCGAAUACAACGGGAUUCCGAUGCCGAAGACAAUUUGCAUGCUGGGAAUGCGAGGGAAAAUAAUGCUGCACUUCCAGUCGAGUCGGCAGAGAGCUCCGUGUCCUUUGUGGGCUCGGAGAGCUCUUCUUUGCACGUGAUCAGCUCACAGUCAAGCGAAAAGCGUAUAAAGCGGAUCAUCAAGAAGAUGAGAGUGUCCAAGACAACAAUCCAGGAGGAAAAUGUUGCACCCGGAACGUUCAAUGUGUUGCCAGAAAAGCUCGUGAAAAAGAAAUCCAGUGGAAAAAUACCCGUCGAAGUUGUGGAAUCAUCAGAGCAGUUUGAGGAACCAGUUCAGAGUCAGCACAAGAAAAAAGUCAAGAAGAAGCGAUCAAAGCCCGUGAUGCAGCAGCAAUCAGAAGAUGACGAUGAUGUAACGUCCAUGGAGACAGUGGUUGAGCGGAAAUCAUCCAAGAAAUCUGUAAGGGAGUCCAGUUCCCGCAAGUCACUCGAACGGACAUCAUAUGUGAGCGCCUUGGAUCAAUUUUUUAGCCCUGAAAAUGUGGGCGACACGUUAAAGGCCUGGCGCCAGCAACAGAUACAGCUCUUUGAGGCGGAACUCGAGCGCAAGGAGCAGCAGUACAAGAACGAUCUGCAGCAAAUGGAAUACCAGGAGCUGAACAAGCACAUAACACUCGAUGAGACAUUGGCCAGGAACCAGGCAAUCGACGCUUACGAGGCCAAGUUCAAGGAACUGCAGCAGCACAUCAAUCAGCUGCAGACGGAGAUUGAUGAACAGGUGCGCCUCUUUGCCAGUCGCAGUCAGGAAAUGCGCCAGGAGAACAAGCAGCUGGAAAUGGAGAAGACGAAGCUGAAAGAGCGCAUCUUUCACCUGGAGACACAGAUGCACGAGCUGCGCGGCCAGGGCAAGGGCUCCGAUGACAGGGACCUCAAUCACAUACUCAAAGAAAUGCGCUCCCAGAACGAUCGAUUUGUGGAGCUGUCCAAGGAGAAGGAGCGCUACAAGAAGCAAUGGCGUCGCUCGGCCAAACAAGUGCACGACCUGAAGCUGGCCAUGCACGAGAAGAGUGCGCAAAUGGAUGAAGGUCCGUUUAAUCUGCGGCAAAUACUGACCAAGGACAUGCAAGAGUUUGAGGAGGAGUUCGGACACCUACGCCAUACCAAUGGGGUGACAAGUUUCUCUGUUAGCUCCCUGACCGGAUCGGGCGAUAGUUCCAGCAAUUUGUGAACUGCAGCGACUGUCGUGUCUUUUCUUUUUUACCAAAUUAACUGUGCGAAUUUUUUGUUUAUUUUCUUUGUUCAGUUUUGUUUGUUUGAGUAAUAAAAUUUUGCG